ACUUCCAUCGUACAGUCUACAGAACCAACUGCUUGCGGUUUACUAGGCUUUCGCUCCCCUAUCCCGAAGACCGAAUCAAAUUUUCACAAAAUUUCUUUAAUUUUUUCCCUUAUUUGCUUAGUACAGUUGUAUUUCAUAUGUUUAAUUAUCCAUGGAUAUUCAUAUUCUUCACUGUUUCAUCCUUUCACUUACUUCAUACCAAAGAAUUCUUUCUAUGAAUUCUGUUUUCGUUUUUUUAUGACUCCAUCUUUGUCUCACUUUUUCCAUUAAUUUUGAUCCAGAACAGUUUCUUGGUGACACCAGAGCCAGCUUUCUGACGAACCCAGAUGGAAAAAGAACCUCUUUUGUCUUAUUUUAGUCCGAGAAGGAAACCUCUACCUUCGCCUCCUCUGCUUCCCCUUCCUGAAGAUGGUGGAAUUUCUGUUCCAAUGCCUUUAACCCCGUCUGAAUAUAAAGAUAUUCUUAUCUUUGGACCCUCUCCUCCUAUGGCAUCUUCCCCAACUGUGGAUGCUUUAACUCUGUCUCUUUCAUCGCCAAGGGGAUCCCCUUCUCAUUCAAUGGUAAAUCCUUUUGAAUCGCCCAAAAAACAAACAGUUCAGGAGCCAUCACAUUCUUGGUUGCUUGAACCUUUCACUAAAACAACAAAGAGUAAUCUUCAUAGGUCGAAGACUGCUCCUGCUAUGGCUGUCAUCAAUGAAUUACAGCAACAUCCUGUGCCUAAGCCUCAGUUUGGUUCUCAAUCUAUAGUUCGGCAGGCUUUUGUGCUUUUAAUGUUAUAUUUGUCAUUAGGUGUGCUUAUAUAUUGGUUUAAUCGGGAUAAUUUUUCGGCUAAUGAGACUCACCCUGUUGUUGAUGCAUUGUAUUUUUGUAUUGUGACCAUGUGCACAAUUGGGUAUGGAGAUAUUACCCCUAAUACUGUAGCAACUAAGUUGUUUUCUAUAUUGUUUGUCUUGGUUGGAUUUGGUUUUGUUGAUAUUUUGCUUUCGGGGAUGGUUACUUAUGUGCUUGAUUUGCAAGAGAGUAAUUUGUUGAAAACUAUAAAGGGUGCUGAUGAUAAAGAGACUCGGAGUUCAUAUAUUGUUGAUGUGAAGAAAGGGAGGAUGAGGAUAAGAAUGAAGGUGGCAUUGGCUUUGGGUGUUGUGGUUCUUUGUAUUGGCGUUGGUGUUGCUGUUAUGCAUUUUGUUGAGAAGCUAGGCUGGUUAGAUUCAUUUUAUCUUUCGGUUAUGUCGGUUACCACAGUAGGGUACGGUGACAGGGCUUUCCGGUCAUUGGCUGGUCGAAUUUUUGCUUCCAUUUGGUUGCUUGUAUCAACACUUGCAGUUGCUCGGGCGUUUUUGUAUUUGGCUGAGGCUAGAGUAGAUAAGCGGCACAGGAGGAUGGCAAAGUGGGUGCUUCAUCAGGACAUGACUGUGGCUGAAUUUCUUGCAGCAGAUAUUGACAACAAUGGUUGUGUGAGCAAAUCAGAAUAUGUCAUAUACAAGCUCAAAGAGAUGGGAAAGAUAACAGAGAAGGAUAUUCAGCAGGUUUGUGAGACCUUUGACAGGCUAGACACGGGAAACUGUGGAAAGAUAACUCUUGCCGAUCUGAUGCCAAGUCACCGAAGAUAACUGCAGAAACGUACCAGAUAUGGCUAUAUUUUUUCUUUUAUUUAUGUAUCCAUAAUCCUGUUGUAAAUUGAAGAAAGGGCUCGGUUAGUCUAUGUCUGAGAAUGAUGCUCUGUGGACGUCACUUAACUGCCUGAUCUGUAGUUCUCUUGCCCAUCAAUCUGUUCAAUCCGUUAACCAGCUCUCGACUUCAAAUCCAAAAGGUGCACACAUGCUCUCAAGAUCUCGGUUAGAUCUUGCUAGUGUAGAUCAAUUCAAUUUAUUCUUUUGUACAAGUACAUUAGGAUAAAAGCUAAGACUAGAAUCUGUUGCUCUUUUGCAGAGUGUAAAAUUUGUACAUUGCAUGAGCUGAAUUCUCCCCCUUAUUUGAGGUGUUUCCCACAGCUUGUUUGUAUUUUGAUAUUGCAAAUAGAAGCAGCAGAUCCUUAAAAAUA